UAAAUUCUCUCAAAACUUGUCAAGAAUCCAAAAACACAGGUUUCGGAUAAACAUCCAAUUCAAUUAUUUACAUUAAAAUCUCAUAAUUCAUUUUUUUAUCUUCUCAACUGCUGGAAAUCAAAGUCCAAGCCAUUACAUAUUUAAUCGUGCAGUAGCAGAAGCACUGGCUUUACGUGGUCAUAAUAUUACAUUCGUGUCACCUGACGUGAGUAAAAAUGUCGUGGAAAAUUUCCAUUACAUCCAUUUGGAGCAGGUCUAUUCGCAUUAUUACAACAGUUCCGAGCAUAUCGAUUUAUUGGAAAUGAGUCGAGAAUCGCCAUUAAAAUCAGUCUUUUCGUUCUAUGACUUCGGCGCGUUAAUGUGUGAGGGAAUAAAAAUAAGUAAAGGCAUUGAAGUCAUCAAAAACUAUCCAGAUGAUUUCAAAUUUGACCUCGUCAUACACGAUUUUGUGUGUGGCCCUUGUCUAUUAGGAUUGUUGCCAAAAUUUAAAUAUCCACCAUUAAUUGGAAUAUCGGCGUUUAAUAAUCCACCUUAUACUGUUGAUAUUGUCGGUGGCGAUAAACUUGGAUUGACUGUUAAACCAUUUUAUCUCCUUCAUUAUGAUGUCAAUAUGAAUUUUAUUCAGCGAUUGCAUAAUGGAGUCAUCAAUUUUUUGGAUUCAUUCUAUCGAAAAUACUUUGCAACUCCAGCGAUUGAUAAGCAAAUGAAGGAGAUUUAUGGUCCAACCACACCAUACGCUGAGGAUCUUGACAAAAAAGCUGUUUUAAUGCUUGUAAAUUCACAUCCAGCUGUUGACUAUCCAGAGCCAUUACCGCAAAACAUCAUACAAGUUGGUGGACUUCAAAUUAAAGAACCAAAGCCAGUUUCAGAAGAUAUAAGCGAAUUUAUAAAGAAAGGCAAGAAGGGAGCAGUCUUGAUGGCACUAGGAACAAAUAUGAGGUCAGAUGAGAUUGGAUCCAAGGCCAUAACAAGCAUUUUGGAAGCUUUCCGUCAAAUUCCUGACUAUAAUUUCUUAUGGAAAUUCGAAACAGCUGAAAUGCUUAAGGACAUGCCAAAAAAUGUUAUGAUUAAGGACUGGCUGCCUCAAAAUGACAUUCUAGCACUUCCAAAUAUAAAGUUAUUCAUCACCCAUGGUGGAUUAUUAUCAACACAUGAAGCAGUAUGGCAUGGAGUUCCUAUGGUCGCAAUUCCAUUCAUCGCUGAUCAGCAUAGAAACGUCUUCAAGUCCGUCUCAUCAGGAAUCGCAGUUAAGGUUGAUUUUCACUCAAUUAAUACAGAAAAGCUUAAAAAAGCUAUUGUUGAAGUCCUCCAUACCCCAAAAUAUCGUCGAACGGCUCAACAAAAAUCAAAAGUUUUUAAGGAUCAGCCAGAAAAGCCACUAGAUCGUGCUGUAUGGUGGUGUGAGUACAUUUUAAGACAUCCAAAAGCUACACACUUAAAACCCGCUGAGUUUAAUUUGGGACUGCUUGGUUCACACUUUUGGGAUAUUCAAGCAAUUAUUGUGCUGGUUCUAGUCAUUUUAGCUUGUGUGAUAAAGAGAAUUUAUCGACGAUAUCGUGGAAGUCGAACAGUUGAUGUCAACAAGAAGAAGAAUUGAGAUGAGUUCAAGCUUCAUCAGCAACUCGUUCUGGUGUUAAUCGUGGGAAAUCAUACUUAAUAUGAUCAAGAGUGUCCGAAAGUUCCUUUCUGGUGUGAGUAAAGUCUGGAUAUAAUGUUGUGAGCUUGAUGUAUUCAUCAUUGUUGUUUACUGCAAGUUCAUCGAACAGGCAUGACAUGAAACCUUCAACUGCGAAUUUCGUUCCUGUAUACACGACGGCUGCUGGCAUUGGAUUGAUAACAGUAAUUGAUGCGACUGUUAAUAUUCUUCCACGUUUUCGUUCAUGCAUCCCUGGUAAGAAUGUGUGAACAACCUACAAGAUUAUGGAAAUAAUAAUUACUAAACUGAAAUUAAGUCAGGCAUUAAGCUUUAAGUCAUUGUUUAGGAGUCGUUCAUUUAGCAACAUGUCAAUCAAUCAAAAAGUAAAUUAACUCACCAUAAUUUGAGAUGUAACAUUAACGUCCACAACUCUCUUGAUAUCUUUCAUAUCACUUGUUAAGAAAUCAGACAUAUAAAGCAGACCAGCAUUAUUCACGAGAAUAUCAAUAGGUCGCAUUUCCAAUUCGACUUUAUUCUUUAGCUCAAGGACUGCUGCAUAAUCUGAAAUGUCACAUUGAAAUGCUCGACAUUUAACUUUAUAUUCUUCUUGAAUAUCUGAAGCCGUCCUAAGAGCAGACUGAUAAUCAAUAUCAACAACAGCAAUGUCACAUUUCUCUUUAGCUAAUCUAAAGCAAAAUGCUCGUCCCAUUCCGUUUCCGCCACCUGUUACAAGUGCUAAUUGCUUUGACACAUCGGCUGGUGUUCGAGGGAUGAAUAAGUGGUAAAUGUAGGUUGCAGUUUCAAUUAUUGACAUUGUUAAGCCGACCAUGAACCAGUAAGUAAACUUCCAUAUUAAUGCUGACAAAGACUUAUUGUUCGCUCCAGCUGCCGUGUAUUGUUGAUGAUUUAUAUCAUUUAUAUUGAACAUUCUCUGACAAAAAAAAUAUAUUUUAAGUUUUAAAGAUUUUAACGUCUUGACACUUUGAUCACAAACUUUGAAAUGUUUUUUU